CGUGCAAAUUAUUGUAACCAGAUUUUUCUGUGCCAAAAUUGCACCAAAUGGCCACUCCUGCUAAAAGUUGCUGUUUUUUUUUUCAUUUUCGCAGACUUGAUUUUGAGAGCAUACGCUCCCAACUCGCAGUGGGAGGUGGUUAGAAUGUCAGCUGAGAAAAGCACACGGAACAGAUUCAGUGGGCGAGAGACUGUGUUCCCCAUGCUCAGAUACACAAUCUACAUGAAGCGACGAUCCACCUUCUUCAUCAACACCCUAAUCGUUCCCUGCUCUUUGCUAACGGCUUUGAACGUGCUGUCUGUGUUCCUUCCGGUGGAAAGUGGGGAGAAGAUCGGUCUGGGAAUGACACUCAUGCUCGCUCAGGUGGUCAAUCUACUCAUCCUGUCCAGUAUCCUUCCAGCUUCAUCGCUGCAUUUCCCAAAACUAGGCAAAUACUUUUUGGUCACAAUUGGACUGAUUGGAAUGUCGCUUGUGUAUAACUGUGCCAUCACCAACUACUUCCACAACGACUUCACAUCAAUCUACCGCAGAAUCAUCAAAAGAAAAGACUCUUCGCGAUCGGCUAAGACAGAUGCUCAAACAAAUAUUGACAUACCAAUAGAAAUAAUAGAAAUGAAUGAUCUGGAGAUUCGGGAAACUAUCGAGAGACGUCCAGACGAUUUCAACAAAGAGUCGCAGAAGCAGACACGGCGAGACCUCUGCGCCAUAUGCGAUUUUACUUUUGGUGUUAUAAUGCUCUGUUUAGUUCUCAUAGUUCACAUCAUCUAUUUCGCAAUGAAUUAAACUUUUCAUUUGGA